GGUGGGCUCGGCACCAUGGAGAUCUGGAGCAGCCCCGCCGCCUACGACGAGUUGAACGGGAACGCGGAGCGCGGCGGCGGCGCGGACCCCAUCGCCCGGGAGCUGGAGGAAGUUCUGUGCGCUGAGCGGGUGGUCAGGAUCACCAAGACCUAUCACGACAUUGAUGCCGUCACCAACCUGCUGGAUGAGAAAGAGCGGGACCUGGAGCUGGCGGCGCGCAUUGGGCAGUCSCUGUUGAAGCAGAACCGGAGCCUGACCGAGCGCAAUGAGCUGCUGGAGGAGCAGCUGGAGCUGGCCAAAGAGGAGAUUGCRCAGCUGCGCCAUGAGGUCUCCAUGCGGGAUGACCUUCUCCACUUUUACACCACCACAACAGAGGAGAGCGAGCCCACCACCACCACCUCCACACCGCUGCGCCGGCACGAGUCCUCGCUGUCCCUGCAGCAGUACUUCCAGUACGACACYUUGCAGCAGAAACUCAAGUGCCUGGAGGAGGAGAACCAGAAGCUCCGGAUGGAGGCCACCAACAUCGCCACUGAGACCUGCCAGUACGAGGAYCAGGAGCAGCAGCUGAUGAUUGACUGCGUGGAGCAGUUUUCCGAAGCGAGCCAGCAGGUCGCUCACCUGUCGGAGGAACUGGCGCACAAGGCGGAGGACGCGGCACGGCAGCAGGAGGAGAUCACCCAGCUCCUGGCGCAGGUCGCGGACCUGCAGCAGAAAUGUCGCUCGUACGGCUCCGAGGUGGAGGAGCUCCAGCAGCACCUGAGCGCGGCCAAGGAGGUGCAGCAGCAGCUCCGCAUGGAGCUGCGGGAUCUGCAGGAGAAGUACGCGGAGUGCGGCGGGAUGCUGCAGGAGGCACAAGAGGAGGUGAAGAGCCUGCGGAGCCGCAGCCUGCCCAACAGCACCGUCAGCCGCUACAGCACCCCCAGCCUCCCGCCCGUGGGGAGCCCGAAAUCGCUGGCAGCUGAGAUCAAGGGGACGAUGAGCUCCUCCACGGACUACAAGAGCUACCAGCGCGUCUUCGACACGGUGAAGGCGGUGAACCAGGCAGCCAAAGCCAAGUCUUGCUCUGAGUCUCCCCACCACGUUCCRGGCUCCAAGCAGUUGUCGGCUGCCCACUCUGAGGGGGCCAGCACCCCCCAGACYAGCUGCUCCGGCUCCGAGGACGCUCGCGAGGACUCGCGGGCAGCCCCGGGCCGGCAGGACCUGGAGGCGGCGGUGCAGCGGCUGUCGGUGCGGCAGCAGAGCCACCUCAACGAGGAGCGCUCCUUCUUCGAGGCCGAGCGGGAGCGCAAGCUGUGGCGGCUGAAGGACGGGGCGAGCUCCAGUGGCUUCCUCACGCCCGAAGGCAGCGUCGUCUCCACUGGCACCAGCUACUCRGGGAGCUCGGAGCUCACCGCUGCCUCCAGCUUCUCGCUCGGCUCCCUCUCCUACCUGCCCGACAAACUGCAGAUCGUGAAGCCGCUGGAAGGCUCGGUGACUCUCCACCACUGGCAGCAGCUGGCACAGCCCAACCUGGGUGGGAUCCUGGUGCCCCGUCCCGGGGUGCUCACCAAAGACUUCAGGCAGCUGGACAUCGACCUGGAGGAGGUGUACAGCCUCAACGACCUGGAGGAGGAUGAUGUGGACGCCAGCUCCUUCCGGCUGCUCCCUACCUCAACACCCACCAAAGCCAAGGAGCGCCCCCGGGUGUUCCUCUCUGUUAACAACCUCCCCCAGACCCCGUCUACCUUCACCAUCACCACCUGCCACAUCCUCCACCCCACCACCGCCAUCACCACGGUGACACCCAGUCUGUCUCAUGCCGUCGUGCCUUCUUGUGGGCCCUUUAAGGGGCUGAGCCUCAGCAGCCCCUCACCAGAACAGACUCCCCCCACACUGGCACUUGGCCCCGGACCCCCGAGCACUCCCAUGGGACUAUUCAGGCUCUCGCUGGGGCGACAUUCCCACUUGGCAGCGGGGACUGGAUCACGGUGCACCCCCUCACUCCACUCCCAGGACCCUCAGCCCUCCCCCGGGCCCAGGGGUCAGGAKGGACCCCCACCCAGGAGCAGCAUCUUCAGCUGGAAUUUGGUGGAGAAGCUGCAGCGCCUGGGGCUGGACAAGGUGGUGGCCAGAGGGACAAUGUCCAACAGCCGGACAGGCCCAGAGGGGCCCAGGGCACCCAGAAGUGAUGCUGCUGCACAGCCCCCGGGCUCAGGGUGAGACACAUCCUCUUCCUCACCCAUCAGCGGGGAAACGGAGACUGGACAAGCUUCAGCCUCAGCUCAUGGUGAUGCCCCAGGUCCGUCAGCAGUCCCAGCACCAGCGUGGGGGGCUUUGCCCUGGCUGCAAGGACAGAACCUGGCACUGCUCCCCAUGUGCAGGGGGUGCUGGCUGACCCUGUCCCUGCUGGGGGGRUUUGGACCCUUCACAAGAGCCAGUUCUGGCAAUAAAAACUGUUCCUGCUUCUGCUGAGCCUGCCUGCGGAGCGAGGGGCAGCGCGGCCCUUCGGGGCUGUUCAGCUGCUGCAGCGAAGGGCGAUGCUCAGUCUGGGCUCAGGUGGGUCCUGGGGCAACCAGCCAGGGCCGGGGGGCAACCCCUGCACCGCGGGCUGGGCCCCUGGCCAGCACCUGGACUGGACUGGCUUUUAAAGGGAAUGGUGGUUUAACUCUUUCCUGCCCACCGAGUAGCAAUAGUAGCAGCACCCACAGCUUGGGAUGUUUCUGGGGGCGCAGCUGAUGCUCCCCCCGGCCGUGUCCCUCCCUCCAGGCUGUGACCCAUCCCCUGGCAAAUAAAUGUGAAUUC